AAUCGUGGUCCCCACGGGGCGCGAGUCAUGAGGUGGCCCAAGGGCCCGCGAGGCAUGCUGGGACCGCUAGCCCUUCCGGGGCGCCUCGGAUUUCGGUCCCGGCACCCUGGGCGGCUUGCCCGAAGACUCCGCCUUCCCAAGAGCCCCUGCGGCGGGGUGCGAAGAUGGCGGCGGUGACGGCCAGACAGCCGUAAAGCGGCGGCAAUGGAGCCUCCCCCGUCGCCGGGGCCGGAGCGGCUCUUUGAUUCGCACCGGCUCCCGGGUGACGGCUUCCUGCUCCUCGCGCUGCUGCUCUACGCUCCAGUCGGGUUCUGUCUCCUCGUCCUGCGCCUCUUUCUUGGGAUCCACGUCUUCCUGGUCAGCUGCGCGCUGCCAGACAGCGUCCUUCGCAGGUUCGUGGUGCGAACCAUGUGUGCAGUGCUGGGGCUCGUGGCCCGGCAGGAGGACUCCGGACUCCGAGAUCACCGCGUCAGGGUUCUCAUUUCCAACCACGUGACACCUUUCGAUCACAACAUAGUCAACCUUCUCACCAGCUGUAGAACCCCUCUACUCAAUAGUCCCCCCAGCUUUGUGUGCUGGUCUCGGGGCUUCAUGGAGAUGGAUGGGCGGGGGGAGUUGGUGGAGUCACUCAAGAGAUUCUGUGCUUCAACGAGGCUUCCCCCCACCCCUCUGCUGCUAUUUCCCGAGGAAGAGGCCACCAAUGGCCGGGAGGGGCUCCUGCGCUUCAGUUCCUGGCCAUUUUCUAUCCAGGAUGUGGUACAGCCUCUUACCCUGCGAGUCCAGAGACCCCUAGUCUCUGUGACGGUGUCAGAUGCCUCCUGGGUCUCAGAACUGCUGUGGUCACUUUUCGUCCCUUUCACGGUGUAUCAAGUAAGGUGGCUCCGUCCUGUUCAUCGACAGCUGGGGGAGGGGAGUGAGGAGUUUGCCCUCCGUGUACAGCAGCUGGUGGCCAAAGAAUUGGGCCAGACAGGGACACGACUCACUCCAGCAGACAAAGCAGAGCACAUGAAGCGACAGAGGCACCUCAGGUCGCACCCCCAGUCAGCCCAGUCUUCUUUCCCUCCCUCCCCUGGCCCUUCUCCUGAUGUGCGGUUGGCAACUCUGGCUCAGAGAGUGAAGGAGGUUUUACCCCAUGUGCCACUGGGUGUCAUCCAGAGAGACCUGGCCAGUACUGGCUGUGUAGACUUGACCAUCACUAACCUGCUUGAGGGAGCUGUAGCUUUCAUACCUGAAGACGUCACUGAGGGGACCCAGUCCCUCCCCACAGCCUCCACCCCCAAGUUCCCCAGCUCUGGCCCGGCGACCCCUCAGCCCACAGCCCUAACAUUUGCCAAGUCCUCCUGGGCCCGACAGGAGAGUCUGCAGGAGCGCAAGCAGGCACUGUAUGAAUACGCAAGAAGGAGAUUCACAGAGAGGCAGGCCCAGGAGGCUGACUGACUACAGGAUGGCACCCAGAGCCGCAGGACGGAGACUGGGGGCAGCCCUCACCCGACUCACAACAGGCCGGGUGGGUGGGUGGUAAAAACGGAGGGAUGGGGCUCCCCCCAGUAUCACAUUAAAUUCAGGGUUUUCACUCAA